AUGGAUUCCCAGAGCAGCUUAUCGUCCAAACCCGUACAAGUUUAUUUAAGUUUUAGAGGCGAUGACAACUCUCGCAAGUUCACUGAUGAUCUUCGGUGUGGCAUUGAAUCUAGGGACUUACAAACCUUGGGGGACGACAAGAAGUUUGAAACAAGAGACUCCAUUAUUUUGAUCCCACCACAUCUUCUCAAAUCCAUCGAAGAAUCCUUUAUCUUCUUUGUUAUCUUCUCCAGAAACUUUGCUUCUUCAAUAUGGUGCUUGCAAGAAUUGUCAAAGAUCGCCGAUUUCAUUAAUAAUAAUGAUCCCAAACACACAGUGAUACCAAUUUUUUAUGAUGUCGACCCAUACGAGGUACAACAACAGAUUGGUAUCUACGGAAAGGCCUUUGCAGAAUACGAGAAAAGUUUCUGUCCUGAUUUAGUACGAAAAUGGAGACUUGCUAUGACGCUAACGGCUAAUCUCCCUGGUUGGGUUGUGCAAAAUGAACAGAUCAAAAAGCACAAACAAGUUAUUUUUGACAUCCACAAACUGCUCAACACAAAAUUACCUGAGGUUGUUUUUGCCGAUCAUCAACUGAUUGGGAUGAAGUCUCGUGUGCAAGAAGUAAAAAAGCUUCUUGAUUUGGAUUCAAAUGAUGAAGUUCGAGUUGUAGGAAUUUGCGGGAUGUGUGGAAUAGGGAAGACGGCUACAGCUGCGGUUUUGUACAAUAAGAUCUCUCACCGUUUUGAUGCUUCUUAUUUUCUUCCUUUUGAUGCUUCUUGUUUCCUUCCUGACGCAUGCCAUGUUUCAAACUCUAAUGGUGUAUCCCCUCUACAACAAUUUUUCCGUCAAACAUUGAAGAUGGAGGAUUUAGAGAUAAGGGAUAUUCAAGAGGGAAUUUUCUUGGCGAACCCAAAGCUAAGACACCAAAAGACUCUUAUAGUUCUUGAUGGGGUUAACCCUACACAAAAUCUAGAAACAUUGAAUUUGGCUGUAAAAUCUAAUUGGCUUGGUGCUGGGAGUAGAAUAAUCAUAACAACUAGAGAUGAACGGCUCCUUAAAGUUCUUGAAGCAAAUGAUGUUUAUAAGGUUGAGCUAUUGUCAAAGGAUGAAUCUCUUCAACUAUUUUGCAAGAAAGCUUUCAAAUGUAAUUUUCUUGUAAAACAACAUCAAGAGUACUCAAAUAGUGUGCUCCAAUAUUGCAAUGGCCUUCCUUUAGCAAUUUCAAGUUUUGGUUCGACCUUGUUUCAUCUACGUGCCUCAACAUGGAUGAGUGACUUGACUAAAUCAAGAAAAGAUCCUGAUCAUUGGAUGAUGGAGAUACUCAAAACUUGUUUUGAUGAACUAGAUCACAUGAAGAAGCAGAUAUUUUUAGAUAUUGCAUGCUUUUUUACUGGGAAGGAAAUUAAUUAUGUAAAGGAAAUUUUGCAAGACUGCGGCUUUUCUGCUGAGGAAAUCACACUCUUGGUUGAAAGAUUUCUCAUAGACAUUCUGGAUCAAAGAAUCCGAAUGCAUGGCAUGUUUCAAAAAAUGGGACGAGAAAUUGUUCGACAAGAAUCUCCUCAAGAACCAGGAGAACGAAGUAGGUUAUGGUCUUUUGAUGAUAUUUGUCAUGUUAUGACAAAAAACACAGCCACUGAAAAAGUUGAAGCUAUUGUCUUGGAUAUGGAAGAUUCAGAAAGCAGUACAUUGAGAAUAGAAGCCUUAUCACAAAUGGGCAACUUAAGACUACUAAUAUUUCAUAAUGUGAACUUUGUUGGAACGCUCAAUUGCCUUCCUAACAAGCUACGGCAUAUUUCAUGGCAUCAAUAUCCUUUGGCUUGUUUGCCGUCAGGUUUUGAGCCCCAUGCACUUGUUGAAUUGAUUAUGCCUGAGAGCAACAUCACACAAAUAUGGGAGGGCAACAAGGUGUUCCCUAAGCUGAGAAAUCUGAAUCUUCGUGGCUCAAAAAAUCUGACCAAGUCCCCAGAUUUCAGAGGAACUCCAAAUCUUGAGAGAAUUUGCCCAAUGUUUGAAAUUCGCCCCUUUGAGGAGCUCAGUUAUUGA